GACCGCAUGAUGUUGCCUCGUGUUUGACAGGUGCUGCAUGUGAUUGAACGUGGCACUAGUUUGUCCAGUUGUACCACUGUGUCAUUUGAGGGAAAACCCACACAUACAGCAUGUCCUCUCAGGGAGAAGACACUGAAGGGCAGGGACCUGAGACAGCACUUCCCUCUUCCUCAUGCACUGACUGUGAUACCACCGGUGGGGAUGUCAUCACAGUUACAGUUGGAGCAACUGUGCCAACUGGGUUUGAACAUACUGCUGCAGAGGAAGUCAAGGAGAAGAUUGGAGUUGAUGCACGAAUAAGCAAAGACCGAGGUCGUAUAUACUUUCCAAUCACCACUGACAAGCUUUUUCAGGUUCACCUUCUCAGGUCUGUGGACAACCUGUUUGUUGUGGUUCAGGAAUAUGAACAUUAUCAGUUCAGUGAAUCAAAGGAGGAGACAUUGAUAGACCUGCAGCAGCUGGCCUCCAAACUUCCUUGGACUAAUGCCUUAGAGGUCUGGAAGCUAAAUAGCACCCUAAAGAAGAAGAAGGGCCACCGGAGAGGAGGUAAUGGCAGCAAAGGUAAACCUAACAGUGAGGCCCAUGAUGCAACAGCAGUUGACAAUGAGCAGCAAGAGCUGCCUCAAGCAUCGCCUACUGCUGAAGGUCAGUCUGACGUGGAGCCUACAGCUCAAACAGACACAUGCUCACAAGACGUAGAAGAAGCAACACCUGAGGCCAAAGUCAUCAAGUUUCGUGUGACAUGCAGCAGAGCUGGUGAUAAACACAGCUUUUCCUCUAAUGAGGCUGCCAGAGACUUUGGUGGGGCUGUUCAAGAAUUUUUCGAAUGGAAAGCGGACAUGACAAAGUUUGACAUAGAGGUGUUAUUAAACAUACACAAUAACGAAGUGGUGAUUGGCAUUGCGCUCACAGAGGAGAGUCUUCACAGGAGGAACAUCAGUCACUUUGGACCAACUACUCUGCGCUCGACCUUGUGCUAUGGCAUGUUGAGGCUGUGUAAACCUCAGGCAUCUGAUAUAAUCCUUGAUCCAAUGUGUGGGACUGGAGCUAUACCACUGGAGGGGGCCAUUGAAUUUCACAAUUCAUUCUACAUUGCUGGUGACAACAACGACAUGGCAGUCAACCGUACAGUCAAUAAUAUCUGUCACAUUCAGAAACGGAGGGCAGACAAAGGCAGUGCAUCCGGGUUGCCCAUUGACACAGUGCAGUGGGAUCUUUGCAAUUUACCCAUAAGGACCAGCUCGGUUGACAUCAUCAUCACUGACAUGCCCUUUGGGAAGAGAAUGGGCUCAAGGAAGAAGAACUGGGACCUGUACCCCUCCUGUUUGAGAGAAAUGGCCCGUGUGUCCAGACCAGGCUCAGGAAAAGCUGUACUUUUGACACAGGACAAGAAAUGCUUUGCCAAGGCAAUCUCAAGGAUGGGAGGACUGUGGCGGAAGCUGCACACUGUUUGGGUCAAUGUCGGGGGUUUACAUGCUGGAGUCUACCUCCUGAAGCGAACUGGAGCCCUGUUUGGUCAAACUCCUGAGGACGUCUAUGAAUCUCGAGGACCAGUUGAGAGACAAGAGAAGGAUGACACAGAGCUCUCCUAAUUCAUGUCCUCCAUUUAAGGUUAAAUAAAUAUCUAAGGGUUACCUUUAUUUAUAAUAUUUUUUUCAUAUUUUCAGCUUUGUUAUAUGUUUUGUAUCGUCCACUGGAAUGAGGGAAGCUGCUCAGCAGUUCAGAAGUUCUGACUGUUUGAUUGAACGGGUUCAUUUGUUGCAUUUCUGUUCGAAGUUCAGCCACUGCUCUGCUCUGAUCCACCGUGUUCACCUCACAGUAACUGCAUGUUGUUUACUGUUACGAUCAAUAAAGGAACAAACAAAAUGCCAAACAGAACCU